AUGGCUCCCUGGUUGAGUCGCCGUGGGUCCCAGCCCAACAACAGCAGCAACUCUAACAGUGACCUCAUCACCCGAAUUCACAAUACUGCUUUACAUACGCCAACGACACUGCCUGCACUUUACUCGAAUAAUCUACAGGCUACUACCGGUAACGGCAACCGCUUCGAGCUCUCCUUCUCUAAUACCAACGCCGAUUCAAGUUCCGACGAGUCCGACUUGCAUCCCUCGAGGCCUUCUUCCUCCAAGCCUCAACGACCUCCACACACGCGCUCUAUGAGCCAGCCCUUCCCUUCUCUUUUCAGCAGCAAGAAAAAGAGGCAAAACUCGGUCGGCGCACCACCGCCCGACCUGGGCUUUGCAGACGAUGAUGCAGUAAUGCCUCGACAAGCGCCCAAGACGCAUGUUCGAAACCCUUCGCAGAACGGAAAUGGCCCUGCAGGAAACAAGGAUUUUGCGACGGGGAAUUGUAUGACAUGCGGAUCGCUGGUGCGCUGGCCAAGGGAGCUCAAGGUCUUCAAAUGCACCAUUUGUACUACGGUCAAUGAUCUAGAGCCCUUGAGCGCAGACCAUGAUAUUUCCAAGGCGCGCAGGGACGCAAACAAUGGGCCUUCUCAGCCCAGUCCACCAAGAAUUGCGCAUAUCUCUAUCGAACAAACAAAGCGACUGGUCCAUCAGUCGAUACAGUCCUACCUAAACAAAAAGCUGCAUCCAAUCCCGAAGCCUCCUACCGAGCCGCCACCUGAGCCUCCCGUGCAGAGCAAAUUGUCAUUUAGCAGCCGGAUGCAAGCGGCUGGUCGCAGUCUUGCGCCGAUAGAUUCAAGGAAGGAUGCAACACCUUCCAAAAAAUCACCUGCCAUACAAGUGUCCCGUUAUACAUUUGACGAGGAACCAACUUUGCGGGCGAACAAUGUGCGGACAAAUUCUUCGCCAAUGCCUCGCUCAUAUUCCUCAUCUUAUACGGAAAGGCCACCAGUGCAGAAGAUACUACAAGACAAUGCGCCCAGAGAGGCAAGGAAACCUUCUCCAGACACGCCCGAGAGUGACCCGAAAAGGAUUUUCAAGGCUCUAGAAGAUUAUAUGGUUGCCUGUUUUGGUUCGUUCGAAUGUAUCAAUUCUUCAUUCUCAACGCACCCUCGUCCUGCAGCAAGGCAUGUUAGCGAAGCGACUCGUCGCAAGCCAAUGCCGUCCGAUGACCCACGGGAGCAGCGAGGGCACCGCCGGGCGCCCUCAGAAAACCAUGCCCUUCGCGAGCAACGACAGGCGCGGACGGCCCCGCCAGUUGAAGACAGCACGUUUGAUCUUGAUCCAAAAAUGCUACUACUUGGGGAUUUCGCUGAGAAUGGAACUUGGUGGAUGGGAAACCAAGAAGAAUCACGACCCCGACGACCUUCUGCACACCGAACCGAUCGGAGUUUUUCUAACACACCAGUCAGCACAAAAACGCCACAAAUGAAUUGGAACGACUUGAUGACAUUCUACACGAGUACUGUGAAUCCUGCCAAGGGUUGGUUUGCAGUGUAUGAAGACCUCUGUCGCGACCAGAACUUUCAGACACCUCCACAGCGUGAAUUGCAAUCGAUAGAGCGAGAAUUAUUACAGGGACAAGAACAUGCUCGCCGAGUUCUGCUCAAGGCAACAGAGAUGCUUCUAAAACGGCCCGGGAGACCCCUGAAAGACCCGGCAGAUUUGCGAUUUCUCCUCAUAGUCCUGGAAAAUCCUCUCUUACACGAGAACGAACCCCUUUUCUAUGGGAUCCUACAACCAGAGAACAACUCACCUUCCUGGGCCGAUUUCUCCCGACCAAGAAAGACGAGUGCCCCUGAAACUGGUCUCUUAUCUGGACAGCAUUCUGGAAUCAUCAAGCGUAUAGUGGGACUCAUAUCAAAUUCCUCGCCUGAAUGCCAUAAUCAGUUGAUCACCUGGUUCGCUAGACAUCAUCCUUCUCGAUUUAUCAGAACGAAGGAGAUUGCAUCCGGCUUUCUAACCUACCGCAUGAUACGACAAAGUGGGAAAAAGCAAGAGGUCAAAGUAGACAUCACCGCGGGAUUGAUACCUCAAAUGCAAGAAGGUCGCUCCGGGGCCUAUCUUUACGACGAAAUUAACCGUUCAACCUCAUCAAAGAAGGCCAAAGAGCCUGAAAAGAAAAUCAUGUAUGGUGAAGACUGGCAAAUCAGAGCUUCUUCUAGAGUUUUGGCACUCCUUUUUGCCGCCAACAACUUGCUACACGGCAGAAGAAAUGAAGAGGUACCCUCAGCUCAUUCGAAGUCUGGUGAAGGACGUUCUGGCGCACAUCAUCACGGGCAGAUACUUCCAACAACUGACUUCUACAACUCAAUGAUUGACUAUACCGAUCUAGUGGCGGACUUCGAGAAUUGGGAGUCCCGCAAGAGCAAAUUCACAUUCUGCCAGUAUCCGUUCCUUUUGAGUAUCUGGGCGAAAAAUCGUAUCCUGGAGCAUGAUGCCCGUCGCCAGAUGCAGAGUAAAGCGAGAGAUGCCUUCUUUGAUAGUAUCAUGAGUCGGAAGGCUAUCAACCAAUUCUUAGAAUUGAAUGUUCGUCGUGACUGCCUCGUUGAUGACAGUCUCAAGGCUGUCAGUGAGGUUAUUGGAAGUGGUAGCGAGGACAUCAAAAAGGGCCUCCGUAUUACUUUCAGUGGUGAAGAGGGCGUGGACGCAGGUGGUCUACGGAAAGAAUGGUUUCUGCUUCUUGUCAGAGAGGUCUUUAACCCCGAUCAUGGGUUAUUCCUUUACGAUGAGGACUCGCAGUAUUGCUACUUUAACCCGAACUCCUUCGAAACCUCGGAUCAAUUCUUUUUGGUUGGCGUCGUGAUGGGACUUGCCAUCUACAACUCGACAAUCCUCGAUGUGGCCCUACCUCCUUUUGCGUUCCGCAAGCUCAUUGCUUCUGCUCCCACCCAUGGGACUGGAGCUUCAGCUCAUCCGAAACCUCCAAUGCGUUACUCGCUGGAAGACCUUGCCGAAUACCGACCUCGGCUGGCUCGAGGAUUACGGCAGUUACUUGAAUACGAGGGAAAUGUGGAAGAGACUUUCUGCCUUGACUUUGUUAUUGACAUGGAUAAAUACGGUAUCCAGGUCCAAGUUCCCCUCCGUCCUGGGGGUGAACGAAUUCCUGUCACAAAUAGCAAUCGUCGAGAGUAUGUGGACCUUUAUGUGCGGCACGUAAUCGACGUGUCCGUGACAAGACAAUUUGAGCCUUUCAAACGAGGCUUUUAUACUGUAUGCGGAGGCAAUGCCUUGUCUCUGUUCCGGCCAGAAGAGAUCGAACUCCUUGUACGGGGCUCGGACGAAGCACUCGAUAUCAACUCGCUCAGGGGUGUGGCCGAAUAUGAUAAUUGGGGGAACAAAAAUCCAGAUGGCUCCGAGCCAGUUGUUGACUGGUUCUGGGAGACAUUCCAAGAAGCUACGUCUCAAGAUCAGCGCAAACUUCUAUUAUUCAUCACCGGCAGUGAUCGAAUCCCUGCCAUGGGCGCUGCUGUACUACCAAUCAAAAUAUCUUGUCUUGGUGAGGACGAAGGCAGGUUUCCUAUUGCCCGAACAUGUUUCAAUAUGCUAUCUCUUUCACGGUACGCAUCCAAAGAAAGAUUGGAGGAGAUGUUAUGGACUGCUGUUCGCGAGAGUGAGGGCUUUGGGAUAAAGUAA